GCGCGCGGCGUCCCUGCGCCCCCGCGCCCGCCGUGGCCUCCGCCGCUCGCGGCCGAGCCGGACCCGGGACAAGGAGGGGCCGCGCCGCGGGGGAUCCUGGAGUCGGAGGGAGGUGGGGAUUCUGCGAGGGAGGCUCCAUUUCCUCCCCGCCCGCCGGCCUCUCCCCGCCGCCCCGGCACCCCAAGUCCCCGGGGCCGGCGCUGAGGGCGGCGGCGGCGCGGCGGGAACAUGCUGGGCAUGUACGUGCCGGACAGGUUCUCCCUGAAGUCCUCCCGCGUUCAGGACGGCAUGGGGCUCUACACGGCCCGCCGCGUGAGGAAGGGUGAAAAGUUUGGACCAUUUGCUGGAGAGAAGAGAAUGCCUGAAGAUUUGGAUGAAAAUAUGGAUUACAGGUUGAUGUGGGAGGUUCGGGGGAGUAAGGGAGAAGUCCUGUACAUUUUGGAUGCUACCAACCCGAGACACUCCAACUGGCUUCGCUUUGUUCACGAGGCACCAUCUCAGGAGCAGAAGAACCUGGCUGCCAUCCAAGAAGGAGAAAACAUCUUCUAUUUGGCAGUUGACGAUAUAGAAACAGAUACGGAGCUGCUGAUUGGCUGCCUGGACAGCGACAUGGAGGCCGAUGAGGAAGAACAGCAAAUGAUGACAGUGAUCAGUGAAGAGGAAGGUAAACUUUCUAAAGGACAAUCAACAGCUAGCAGAAAAGAUCGCUUUGGCUGUAAAGAGGACUAUGCCUGUCCCCAGUGUGAAUCGAGUUUUACCAGUGAGGAAAUUCUUGCCGAGCAUCUUCAGACAUUGCACCAGAAACCCACAGAGGAGAAAGAAUAUAAGUGCAAGAGCUGUGGGAAGAAAUUCCCAGUUAAGCAGGCUUUGCAAAGACAUGUUCUUCAGUGCUCAGCGAAAAGCAGUCUGAAGGAUUCCUCACGAAGUUUUCAGUGCUCUGUUUGCAAUUCUUCCUUCAGCUCAGCAUCGAGUUUUGAACAGCACCAGGAGACGUGCCAGGGAGAUGCCAGGUUUGUGUGUAAGGCAGACAGCUGUGGGAAGAGGCUGAAGAGCAAGGAAGCCCUGAGGAGACACCAGGAGAAUGUUCACACCGGGGAUCCUAAGAAAAAACUCAUAUGUACAGUGUGCAAUAAAAAGUGUUCUUCAGCUUCAAGCCUGCAGGAACAUAGGAAGAUUCAUGAGAUAUUUGAUUGUCAAGAAUGUAUGAAGAAAUUCAUUUCAGCAAAUCAGCUAAAGCGUCAUAUGAUCACCCAUUCAGAAAAACGACCCUAUAAUUGUGAGAUUUGUAAUAAAUCUUUCAAGAGGCUUGACCAAGUGGGUGCCCACAAAGUGAUACACAGUGAAGAUAAACCUUACAAGUGCAAGCUCUGUGGAAAGGGAUUUGCUCACAGAAAUGUUUACAAGAAUCACAAGAAGACCCACUCGGAGGAGAGGCCGUUCCAGUGUGAGGAGUGCAAAGCUCUCUUCCGGACUCCGUUUUCUUUGCAGAGACACCUGCUUAUACAUAACAGUGAGAGGACAUUCAAGUGUCAUCACUGUGAUGCUACCUUUAAAAGAAAGGACACCUUGAAUGUUCAUGUCCAGGUGGUCCACGAAAGACACAAGAAGUACAGAUGUGAGCUGUGUAAUAAGGCAUUUGUUACACCUUCAGUGCUUAGAAGUCAUAAGAAAACGCAUACAGGAGAAAAGGAGAAGAUCUGUCCAUAUUGUGGCCAGAAGUUUGCCAGCAGUGGAACGCUGAGAGUUCACAUCCGUAGCCACACAGGUGAGCGUCCCUAUCAGUGCCCUUACUGUGAGAAAGGAUUCAGUAAAAAUGACGGCUUGAAGAUGCACAUUCGCACUCACACCAGGGAGAAGCCGUACAAGUGCUCGGAAUGCGGCAAGGCCUUCAGCCAGAAGCGCGGCCUGGACGAGCACACGAGGACGCACACCGGGGAGAAGCCUUUCCAGUGCGACGUUUGUGACUUGGCUUUUAGCCUGAAGAAAAUGCUGAUCCGACACAAGAUGACUCAUAAUCCCAAUCGUCCACUGGCAGAAUGCCAGUUUUGCCAUAAAAAGUUUACAAGGAAUGACUACCUCAAAGUGCACAUGGACAAUAUCCAUGGGGAGGCUGACAGCUAAGGGUAGCUGCAAAGGAAUUAAGCCAUUCAGAAGGGCUCCUAAUAGGAAACCCAGGUCUCUCACCUGAUUAGUGUAGCAGUUCACUCACUGGUCUCGCAGUUCUUAUUUGCCUACCUUUAGAGUCUGUACAUACAUAUGCAAAAAAAGACAAAAAACACUACUUUUAUUAAGAAAUAGUAAAAAUGGAAAACAAUAACUUUGUAACCUUCCAAAAUACUACUUUCGUUAUGCCUUAUAAAAAUGGAAAAGGAGCUGUGCCAUCUUCUUCUUGGCCAUCUCUCUAGUGAAGUUUAUUAACAUACUGUCUGUCAGGCUUUUUUUAUUUUAUUUUUAUCCUUAUGUGUGUGCGUUUGUAUGUGCUGGUUAUCACAAUUGGUUAUUACUAAUUUAAUCAGAAAGGAGUUAAGAUUUCCAAGAUAAUUUCAUUACAGAUAAGGAUAAGAGGUAAGAGUUUUCCAAGUCUCAAGCGUAGUAACAGUAUAAAACUUGCUAUUUGUGAAGCAGGCCAAAAGUUGAUGGUCCUACAUAGCUCCUUACAACAGAUGAGUUUAAAAUAAAUAGGUAUUUAAGAACUAAAACAUCUACUGAAAUUUUGCUCAUUUUAGACAAUCCUCAGGAAACAUUUCCUCAUCAUUCAGUUGCCAGCAUUCAUGGUCUAGAAUACUUAUAUCAACACAGAAGUGGCCAUAACACUCAAAUUUGCCCACCUGAUUCUCCUGAGUUUUAUACUCGCUAGCUUUAGAAAUUAACACAGAUGGCUAACCGUGGAAACAACAUGGGCUCUCAGUGUCUGCUGGCUGACAGAGCAGCAGGUCAGUAGGUGCAUUAGGAUGCUGACCUGGCCCUUUACCUGCUCAUCGCAUUGGAGAGCACAGAGCCUGUCCAUGCAGAUGCAACAGUCCUCAGAGCAUUUACAUUCUGUUUCUCAAGAGACAUUCUCCAGAAUCUUGGCAGUAGGUGAUUCUGAAACACUUUUGAAUUACUCUCAAUCCUUUAUAAUUAGGAAUCCAGAAUAAAAAACACAACCCUGGCAGUUGUGAUGACUGAAAUGAUCACCGAUGUUUAAGGAAAAUUGAAGCAAGAAGCAUAAUUUCUUCCUUUAGGUUUUGUUUCAGCUCAAUACUUGAGAACAACAUACAAUGAACAGCUUGUCUUGGGAGAAGAUAUGAUAAAAUAUAAUAAUGUUGUUAAAGUAAUAUAGAAGAAUCCCAACCAGCAAAAACUUAAAAUGAAUCCCAAUUCAAGAACUUUUCUAUUUGGAGCCCAUUCAAAAGAGAGAAAGUAUAAUUUUCAGGAAGUUAUUUAAUUCUAAUCAUUUGUGGAGAAAGGUUAUCUGAAGACACAGUUCUCUGAAAUCAGGAAUCUUGUUUUAGAAUUAUAUUUAUGCUCAGUUCCAGUUCUGAAAAGAAACAAUGAUUCAUUAUAGAUAUUUAAACUCUGUGAAAAUACUAAAUUUGAAAUUCACCAGAGGUAAUUUUUAAAAAUAUAAAUGCCUGGAUUAUAAUUUAGAAGAUGUCUGAGUAUGGCUAUAUGAAGCAUUUGUUCUGAAAUUAUAGACUGUAUUUUAUACAAAUAGAUUUUGGUCUCGUUUCUUGCUAUGUCAUUUGUUUCAGUAGUAUAUUUUUAGAUAUAAAGUAUUUUCAGUUUAACAUAACAGUGUGCUUAAUCUCCUUUGAAUAUAAAAGGACAGCUGUAAAAUUUAGUAGUGGGUAUUGUUUAAGCGUGUUCUGCUCAUUCCUUUGGGUGCUGCCUUCUCUGUACGGGACGCUUCAUAGCCCAAUUGUGUGAAACUUGAAGCCAGACCAACUGUGUAUCAUCUCAGUGACUCACAGUUUACAGGGCUGCUGAGGAAGUUACCCUGGAAACCGUGUUAUCACAAUGCUGUGGAGAGGACUGAUGAGGACUGAAGUGCUGAAUGUGAUCUGGCCCAAGGUCUGCAGUCAAACAAAACUUCAGAAAAUGGCGUGCAGAGACCUACUGGUACACCAUCCUUUCUUUUCAAAGCACUGAAACCAAAACAGACCCUUAAAAAGAUUAUUUCCGUGCCAUACCUUUUAUCCAAAAGAUGAUUAUUUAUAAAACACCUCAGAUAUGUUAGUGUUUGUGUCCUAGAACUUUAAAACCACUUAGUGAUAACAAAGAGAUAAGAAUUCAUUUAGUUUGAGAAGUUAAGAACAGAAAUAAGACAGUCAUGGGGGAAAAAUCAGGCAUGCUGGAGUGCAGGUACUCACUCUAAAGAAUCUUCCUCUUAGGCUACAGAAAGUUACGACUCCUGUAUGCUUGUGGGAAGAGGCCAAACUCUUACCCUGAGGUCAAGACUGAUGGUCAAAAGCUUUUAGUAAUAUGGGUAGGCUCAGAUAAACUUUAUAGUUACUAUCUUUGUAUAGUAACAUUUAACAUAUUUGUAUAUCUAGAAUUUUUUUUCUUCUUUUACAAUCACUGGCUUCUGUUUUCUCUUUUUUCCUUGCCUUUUUUAUUGGGGUUGUCGUUGGCGAUACAAAACAGUUUGUUAAUUAAUCAUAAUAUUUGCAGCAUAAAAGUAUUCAUUGCCGAUUCAUUUGGGGGUUACACAGAAUAGUUAAAAUACUACUUUUAAGAAACAUUUUUAUAUGUUUUGUGUGUGUGUGUAUGCAGAGAAUCACUCUUAUGAGAGGCUUAUAUUGUACAUGCAAAUACAUUACUUUGUUCAAAACUCUUCAGACCUGUUGCAGCCAACAGGUGUGGAUGUGAAUCACAGAAAGUCUUAUAACGGUAGUUUGUGCAUUCAGUUUUAUGGGCUGCUACUCUCCCAAAGCUGGAAGGGAGGGGGAGAGGCUAGGUACUGGAAAUACUAACUUUUUCCUUCACAAACUUAAAUGUUACUUGUGAAAACUUAUCUUGGGGUUGUAAAUAUAUGGAGAUGGACAGGUAGGAGGAAAUGUGCCUAUUUAAAACCCUAAAAUUUUAUCAUUAAUGAUGUUUAAUUGCAUGUACAUAUAUAAAUGCAGUAUUUGUGAAUAUAGUAGAACUUUAGUAGCAUUUUUAUUUUAUUAUAAAUCUAUAAUCUAUAUAAUCACUACCACAGCUGGUAGCAGCAUUGUAUUUUACAAUAGGACAGUUCUAUAGUAAAAUCGAAAUUAACAUUUAAAGUUGUUUUUGAUGAAAGAAGAAAAUAUAAUUGUCAUUACUCCCAGACCUCCUGUUUUGCAGUUUUAUUUCUAAGCAUUUCUAGAUCUGGAAAAUCUCUCUAUAGUUAAGCCAACUUGGUUUUAGGGUCACAGAGAGAACACCAUCUUAACUCUCAUCUCACUUUUGGCCAAACGUAAACACCAUGUGAAAAGAAACAUUACUAAUGAUGAAAAACACUUGAUUUAUAAUAUUAUCUCUGAGCACAAAUAUCCUGAUAAUCACAAAUAUAAUUUAAGAAUGAUUAAAGUUACAGCUGAUAUUUUGUGUGUUCCUUCUUUUAAAAGUUUUAUUAUUCUGGUGGUGUUUCAAUCUUGUGAGCUUUCCCUGGUACAAAAAAAUUAUCAUCAUCAUACUUAUCAUGAUUCUCCAAGUAGUUGAUUCAGAAAUGAUACAUUCAUUUACCUUUGAUGUGUCAGAAGUCAUUUAAUUAGUUGAGACACUAGUUCUUUGGAACUUCCAUAGUGUUAACUACUUUGGGCUCAAUACUGCUAUCACUGCUGUUUAUUAAUUUGUUAUAUGACAGGAGAAAAAUUAACACCAGAGCCUUCAGUCUGGGCCAUGUUAGAAUAUUCUAGAUUUCCUAGGCCCACAGACUAGCAGAGAAUGCAAAGGGGAUCUUAUACCAGAAUGGUGCUGUUAAUCCUGUGUCCAAGUUCACAUUCUCUCUUUAAAAAAUGCUUAACACAGUACUGGAAAACAGCAUAUAUAAAAACGUUUAUAUUUAUUUCAAAGCAGGCUUCCUAAACAUUUGAUAUAUUUUUCUAACCCUGCAAGCAUUUAAGCAAUUAGGGUAAGUUUUAUGCCACCGUGGCAUGUGACUGAGCAGAAGGAAACUCAGAUUUUGGGUACUAUUCAUAUGCUGAAAAUUGAGAAAGGAGAUGAGACCACUGAAACUCGAUGAUCUAAAUUAGUGUGAAGGAAUUAAUAUUAGAAUAUCACAGUUCCUAGUAAGUCACUAUAGACUUACUAGGAAUUAAUUACUUAAUAAUGCAUUUGCCUUUGUAAAAUAAUAUAAAAAUGAAAAGAAUUCCAGCUUGUAGUGGAUAACUUAUUUUAAAAUUUUGUCUUGGAGAAAAAUAAUGGUCUUUUCCUUAAAGUAAAUUUCACCUGACAUCUUUUAUAUGAUGUUUGACUGACAUACCUUUUCCUCCUAUUCUACUACUAUAGACUAUUCCUUAAGAAUAUGUACAUUUUGGAUGUGUUUCUAAUAAAGGACCUGUGGUAAGAUUUCACAUAUUUUAUCCUGUCUGAAAAUACUGUGUGUCUGUGAUCAUGAAUCCGUCCUACCUUUCCCAGUCUUACCUAGCCUUCAUAUGACACAGAGGGCUUGUAUUAGAGUCUGUACUUAAGAAAUUUGUUCUUUACACCUAACAUAUGAAAUUCAUCAUCACCGAUAUGUAAAUCUGAUUAAAGCCUGACAUUGUAGACAUAAUUCAAGACCCUCCUUUGUCGGUUCUCGCUGACCCAUGGUAGCUGGUGAUGCACAACUGGAAACAAAAGAGAUUCCUUAAAAAUAUUCCUAGGACUCUGAUACCGUGGACACAAGUAUAACUGCUGAAAUCUGAAAGGAUACACCACCAUUAUUGGGAUUUAGUUGUUGAAACAGUAUGGCCUUUGUUCAUUCUUUAAUAUUUGAUAAUGCAACUCAUAAAAAGGGAAGUGCAUUGACUUCCGACUUGAUAUUUGUGUUGCCUUGCUAAAGUAUUAGCAUCUGGAGAGCUGAAACUGUAUUUGAUGAACAAAAGAAGGUCUGAAAUUAACUUUUAUGAAAUCAAACUGUAUAGUUCCUAUGCUAAGUAGGAACAUAAAAGUAUGGAAAACAAAAUCACAUUUAAUUGAUUCUAAAACCUAUUUAAAUUGGAAAAGUGAGUCUUUUAUGGAAUAUUGCAUUUAGUCAUUAGAAAUUCUGAAAAAUUAAAUUUUGUGGAAAUUAACCGAUCACUGACUUUUGACUGCCUUAAGUCUAGUUUUACUAUUCAAACAUAGGAAAUCUUCUGAUGUUACUUUCUGGUAGCCUGAUUUAUAUAAUAACUGCUUACUGCUCACCUUCUACCUAGCAAAUACACCCUUCCCCAGAAUGUAGCAUAGAGUAAGGCAGUGUCGAGUCCACGCCGUUCAGCGUCGCUUCAGCCUCUCCGGCUCCUCGCGUGUGGGAUCCAUUCCUCGUGCUCUUGCAGCGGCUGCGUGGCUUCGCGUCCUCUCCAGUUUCGCCUUCCGCUGGGUUCCGAGAGUGACAAGUUGGUGUUGUUCCCAGACUCAAAUUAUGAUACUUAGGAUAUUAAGUUGUAUCCUUUCUGCUCUGGCUAUAAAAUGUGAAAUUGGGGCAGACGAAUUUAGUUGAUUAGGGUAUUAUUAGACUAAGUAUUUGAGUUGGGCCAACUGGCUUUGUACUGAGCAAAGCUAUUGCUCAGUGUCCUGAGUUACAGAUCUCACCCCUAACCAUGCCGACUCUGCCAAGGGCAUGUGGCUUGUUUUGACUGAGGAUCCUGAGAGAGAGAGAGAGUCAUGAGGAAUAAAAGAGGAAUUCUGCAGGUGUGUCCUGCAGACAGGAGUGUAACAACACCCUUCUAAAGAUGGUACCAUUCUGAGUGUGAGUCUUAUCCGUAUCUAGAGAAGAAUGCCAUCUCCUAAGUGUCUGACACAGUAAGUACUCUGUUAAAGGAAUGGCUUAUAAUGUAUGCACAUGCAUAUGAUGGUGCAUAUUGAUAGUGAGCAAAUCAAUUAAUCAGAAAAAUAAGGAAAUUAUACUUUGGGAAGGGGGACCAAAGUCACUGAAUUUGAGAUAAGCAUUAUGUAUAGUUAAUAAUCAGAAACAAAUCUAUAAAAGUUUAAUUAAAUAUUAAUAGCAUAUUUCUACCUUUCUUGUGUAUAUCACCUUCUUUAUAAAUAAUGUUUUUGACUAGUUUCCUUUAUGGCCUGUUGCAAAUGCAUACAUAUCUUAUGGGAAUUUAAAUACACAUACAAGAUUGAGCAGUACAUAACCAAAUUUCAUGUUUUAAUCAGACAAUAAAAUAAUUAUAGUCACAAAAUAUCCUGUACAGUCUGUUUUGAGUGAGAAAGGACUUGAACAAAGGCUUUGUGUAAGAAAUCACUGAGAGUUUAGUUACAAGAUAUAUUUUACCUGAAAUUCAAAUCUGUAUAAAUCCACAAUUUUCUCAUACUUAAAAGUAAAGAGGAAAGGAAAAGUGGAUAAAGACAGAAAAGAAAGUAUUAAACCUAUUUUAGACAUGGAAAAAAUAUCAAGAGGUGAAAACAGCUAUUUUCCCAUUUGAAAGGGAAGGAUGGGCAUAAGAAAAAGGGUAGAAGGAUCAUAAGUUUAGCAAGAUGAUAAACUGUAACAUCAUUUAUCAUCUGAAUUAUGUCCAUUUCCUUAGCAGUAAAAUGAAUUUAAUAGUAUCUACUGGUUGGUUCUAUUAUGAGAAAUAAGUCAGAAAAAAUUCAUUUAUUCAUGCAAAGGAUGCCUGGGACAUUAACUAGAGUUCAAAUUAAUCCUGCCCCAGUAUUCUUCCAAGUUAAUGCCUUGUCAUUCUAUAUAUGCCUUCAGAAAAUUCUAAAAUCCCCAAUAUUCUAUCUCCUACUUUGAAGCAAACUUGUCACAAGGCAAGUCAGACAAGUUUUAAAUUGUGUAUCGCUAAUCUUCAAUUCAUGUUCAGUUCUCCUUAUUAUAUGGUAUUUCCAUAAUAUCUCCAGAUACUUCAACCUUACCCUUUCCAGCAAAGAUUAAGCCAUUAGUUUAAAAAUACUAUUAAAUUUCCAAACUAAAUAACACUUGGCCCACUUAGAGUGAUGCUGUCGUGAGAGGUCCUUGCAUGCUAUAUUGCUUCGAUCUCAACACGGCCUCCUUUGGGCAAAGCAGCAACCUGGUAAGCAGCUCGUGCAGGAAAACUCUUCUGGAAAUAUUGUUUGUAGACAUCAUUGACAGUACUGAAGUCAUUUAUGUCAGCCAGCAAAACAGUUGCUUUUACCACAUUUGUGAAGUCACAGCCUGCUGCUUUCAGAAUCUCACCUAUGUUUGUAAGAGCUUGUUUAGCCUCUUCUGCCACCCCUCCUGGCACAAGCUGUCCACUUGCAGGGUCCACGCCUAGCUGUCCUGAAAUGUCAAUGGUCCUGUCGACUAACACAGCCUGGCUGUAGGGACCAGUGGCCGCGGGGUCUUUCGCAGUGCUGAUCACCCUUCUGACCAAAGACGACACGGCUAACCCUUUUCCCUUGCUCCCCUCGGAAACAGCUACGCAGAAUACAACUCUCACUCGCGCCUCACCUGACUGAAUUGAAGAUUAAUGAUGAAUCUAGUUACUAAUGUUAUAAAUUUCACUUCUGUAACACUUGUAUUGAUGGAUGUGGGAAAACAGACAUGCCUUACUUAGUUAACUCAGAAGAAUAAAAGAAGAAGGAAAUAACAUGUAGGAAAGAUGAGCUACUAUUCCUGAGAAAUAAGAAAGAGCACACCUAAUUCAACUAAACCCUAUUAAUUCAAUGAUGUGAAGUAUUUUAUUAUGUCAGAUAUGUGAUUUUUACUGGAAUAAAAUUAAAGCAUUUAAAUUUGAAUGGCA